AUUAAUACUUUGGGUUACAUGCCCACUAAAACCCCCUUCCCAUUGAUAAUGAUUUUGUUACUUUAUGGCGAUAUCAAGAUCGUAGAGAUCGGUAGGCUCGACAUCAUGGAUGUUUCUUGAAUGAAUUAUGUUGACUGACAAUAUAUAAGCAUGCAGACAUAGCGGAUAACUCGGUAGAAAUUCAGGGCAACCCCUUGCUCGAUCCAAUUCUUACUGAAACGAAAGUAGGUAUUUUUCAUGAUUUCACUUCCUUUAAAAACAGUGGACUAUAAGAUGUAGACUGAAAGAAUCCUUUGUAAUUCAGAAAUCGAGGCAACAGUAUCCAUAGGAGAUGUCAUACCUUUGUACUGUUCAUAGUUCGGAGGAUACUCGUUUUUACUGCAAAGAAUGUCGAAGACGAAUUUGUGACGCUUGUGUCAUCAAUGAAUGCAAAGGGCACCGUUUAGAACGCGCCAAGAGUGAAAUUGAUGUACUAAGAUGUGCCUUAAAACAAAAAUUAGAGAUGACGAGCCAAAACACGAAAGAAAACAUAGAAAGUUUCCGGAAAAAAUUAGCCUCCCUCGAUGAAAAUAUCGAGAAAGCUCGAAAGCGCUCUGAAAAAUUGAAAAACACAUUAGACAAGGUCUGUGAUAAUUUUAUUCAGGAACUGAUGAAGUGUAAACAAGAAAUGGAAAAAUAUUUUGAAUCUAUUGAAAUCAAACUUCAGGAAAAGGAUUAUUAUGCUGAGGAGUCUCUCAGGAAAAUGACAUCCAUGAACGAAGAUGAAAUGCAAGAAGUUGAAGAGAAAGUGACAGAUUACAAUGGUAUCGAUGUGUCUUUUUUGAGAUCACCACCACCGACUUUCGUAGAAUGUGUUGGGAAAGAUGAAGAAGCUGCACUGAAGGCUAUAUUUGGUUACGUCCAAUACGGACGAUACGAGGAGGUAGUGUUGCCUAAUGAUGAUGCUUUGUAUGUGAGUAUGAAUUCACCCGAGGUUCCACCUAAAGUGCCGAUGAGAAACAGACGAGAUUUACCAACGAAGUAGUGUGCAAGUUGACAAAGACUUAGCUCAGAUAUUUUAAACCUAAGUACAAACUGGAUAAUAUUAACUCUAAAUUACAGCGAAUUACAAAAUACAAUAAAAAGUUUCAUUGCCUGCUGAUUUGAUCAAUAGACUUUACAAUUUAGUCAGCUAAGUAUCAUAUUUGGUCUGAAAUUAGGUCACAAAGUUACUCGGAUAUGACUAUUAUUUUCUAAGUGUGAGUGCACGUGUUUAUGAGUAAUAGGUUGUUUUAAAUUUUCUUCUUUACAUUUUCAGAAUUCAGAUUAAUCAGCAAUCAAAGCACAUAAAUUAAUUCAAAAAGAAUUAUUUAAAGCCUUCUAUUCUGCAUGAUAGCAGCAUAUUACUGUAGUAUGCAAACUUAUACUUAUCAAUUUUCAAAAUAUACUAAUAAAGAAAAGAAAUGCAUCCCGUAGUCGAUUGCGAACAAUCUGAUCUGAUAUUCUAUGAAUCCCAGGAAUAGCAGAUGCAGUAGAUGACGCUGUUGAGAAUUGUUGACGAAGAUGGCAAAAUCGGACGAAGCAAUCCUGUGCCGCUGACGUGAUAUCACAGGGUCGACAGGGGAUGCUUACUCCUCCUAGGCACCUGAUCCCACCUCUGGUGUGUCCAAGGGUCCGUGUUUGCCCAACCCUCUAUUUUGUAUUGCUUAUAGGAGUUAUGAGAUUGAUUAAUAUUCGUUAUCUUCACCUUUCACGUAGUUUACCUGCUCUAUGACUAUCAUUUGUUGAACCAUGCUUCUCCAAAGGCAAGAUAUGGUGGUACCAAUUUUGAUGCACCAGAUGCACAUUUCGACAGAUAGUUUAACGUCCCUUUCGAGAAUUUUUCACUCAUAUGGAGAGGUCACCAAGACCAGUGAAGGACUUCAGAUUUGGGCCUAUGCUCGGCACUUACGGCCAUUGAGCAGUGAGGGUUCUUUAGCAUACCACACCUACUGUGACACGGGACAUCCGUUUUUAAGGUAAUCUCCGAGGACCCGUGACAUUCACACCUGAUGCCGAGCGUUUGGCAAUUCACUACCUUUUUAACGAUUUAGGUCUGUCACGGCCGGGAUUCGAACCCCGAACUUCCGCAUGCGGGGUGAACGAUCUACCUUUAAACCACCGCGGCGGUUUGAAGAUUUUGAUGUUAAUGGAAUACCAUUACCUUUCAUAACCGUAAGAUUACUUUCAUUCGUUAAUCUUGGCUCCUGGUAUUGGUCAACAAGAACGACCAUCCCGUGAGUGUUUGUUGGAACUCUUUUCUUAAGAUACAGGGCUAAAUCUCGAUUACAAACUUGUAUAAAUUGAUCACGCAUAAACAAGUCAAAUAGUGCGUCAAAUGUCUCUGUAACUUUAGCCAUUUUCAACCAUCCCUGUAAAUAGCUACUCAUUUUUACCACUCCUUACGGAAAACUCAACAAAAGUCUCACCUGUCUCUGGUUGUGAUGAUUUGAAUUUCCUCUUUAAACCAUCCUCUGUUAGAUCAAAGCGCUUAAGAAGAGCAAUUUUCAAUUUAUCACAAUCUAGAGCAUCUUCUGAAGAUAUCAAUGCAUAAACAUCUAAUGACCUCUCUUUGAGAGGUGCGAUAGGGUUAGUAGUCAAACAUGUUUUUGUUCAUUUCUGUGAAUCAGCAUACUUCUCAAAUCUAUGCAAGUAACUGUCCAUUUCGUCUUUUCCUUCGUCAAAAACUGGAUGUUCGGACUUUUGAAAAAGAGGAUUAACACUCACUUCUUCAUGACCUUCUGCUUUAAGCUUCCCCUUUUCAUGGGGAAUCUCCAUCUGAUAUAGGUGAGCCAUUUCCUGCAUAUUCAUUUUUCAAUCGUACUUUUCCUGCAUUCACUGGAGCUCUGUCUCAUCCUUUAAUCAACGUCUCUUUGCCAGUCUCUCCUCUGUCUUGAUAUCUUGUUGAGUUCUAACAAACUAUCUGAGAGUCUUAUCCUUAUUGCCCAUCAUCAAUAUUUUUCAAAGUACUGAAUACACCUUACCACAAACACUGAACUAAAAUACUGAGUUGACAAUAUUUUGGAAUUAUGUUCAGGAUUUCAUCAAACAUUGAUCUCUUGGUCCUAAAUGAUCUGCAAAAAAAAAAAAUGUUCUGCAAAAAAUUGCAAAACUUGUGAUAUACUGAUCACUAAAAAUUCAUUUGGUAGUAAUCUCACUGGACGUAGUUUCUGUACCAAAACAUUUCAUAAUUGUACUUCUUCUAACUUCUAACGUUGUCUACGCCAUUGAGUGUAACGUGUGUGGCUUAAUUUAUGUGGUAGAAACCAAGGGUUCACUUAAUAAAAGAAUAUCGGGGCACAUAUUUCAAAUAAAUAAUGGUGGUAACCAACUUCUUUACAAGCAUUUUAAUGCGCCGGACCAUUCCAUCUUGUCCAUGAGAGUAAGGAUUUUGGAAAAAUUUUACCAUGACACAAACAAUCCAACAUUAAGCACCCCUUUUCAUAGACAACGAGAAGAUCACUGGAUCAGGACCCUAGGCACUGCAAUUCCAUAUGGAUGCAUUGAUAAUGCAUAUGAUGUGCGAAAUUUGACUAGUCCACAAGGAAAUAACGUGAAUGUGAUGGGACUUUUUCCCAAUACUCAAAGACGGAAACACAGGCAUGGACAUCGUUCAUAUAAAAGACCAAGUAUAAAUGAUGUCACGUUUGAUUCACUUUUGCCUUACGUCAACAGACAAUUGGGUCCACAUCAUAUCCGUACAAAACUUUACUCUAUUCCAUUGAGGGUUUUACAUACGUUAUCUGAAGAAGCUACAGCUAGUCUAUACCUGGAUUUUUCAACACCUUAAUAUAGACUGAACUCUAUGAUUAUGGAUGUUGCCUAUUACAGGCUCUUUAAACCAGCGCUCGUCGUGGACGAUAUUCCUUCCAAAUAAUGCCGCCAGUUCCUUAAGCUCAAAUUUACAAAUAAAGGAAUAGAUGCCGUCAACAUAAGCAACAUUCUUCGUCAUAAAAGGGUUCAGUCGUGUAUUCCAACUUAUUUCAAAUUUCAGUCUACACCCUGUAUUUCCUACAGCUAUAUUUCUACUAUUGCAUCCAAACUUUUUAAUUAUAAGCAAACUUUGCAGUGCCUAAAUAUAGACCAUCUUAUACGUAAUCCACCAACGUGUUCUUGUUCUUCAUCUUCUUUCAACUAUAGUCCAGCUGGACAUGUCAUUACUGGUGAUGUUGAUAUAGUUGAAAAUGAGAACACCAAAUCACUUAUUCUAAACGGUCCUAAAUACAGAAAACCUCGGUCUUUUAAUUGGCGACAGAACAUCAUCUCUAUUAUGAUUUCUGUCGAAGAUUAUUCCAAAUGAUGGGCUAAAUAUGAAAAUGAAGAACUUGAUACAUUGUCAGAAUGGGUUAAAAGCAUAAGAGGAAUAUUAAAUCCUGCAUUAGACAUAUUAAAACAAAAGUACGUACCAUCUAUCCUUCUGUGUUUAGUAAACCAGAAGUGAUAAAAGAAUUAGAUAGGUUACAUGAGGAAUAUGUUUUGGUUCCAGCUGACAAAGCUAGUAACAACAUUGUCAUUGCUUGUAAGGUUCAUUAUUACAACUGUAUUUUAAACGCAUUAAUUCCACUUUUGGUAAUAUACUCCACCUGCCCUUUCAAAACAGGAAAUUCUUCAAAACCAUACUUCAGUUUUAGACACAUUUAAUAUCCCAGUCAAUAGGUCGAAUGAAUAUGAGUUACCGUACCUAUACUGGAUUCCUAAACUACAUAAAAACCCUUACAAACAAAGAUACAUUGCUGGAUCCAGUAAAUGCUCUACCAAGCCCCUAUCUUUUCUCCUCACGAAAAUAUUAACAGCUGUGAAGGAGAAACUUCAAACUUACUGUGCGACUACACAUACCAGAAGUGGUGUUAAUCAAAUGUGGAUUCUAAAAAAUUAUAAAGAACUUUUAGUAAACUUGAAAUCGCAAAACUUUUCCCAAAUCAAUAACAUCAAAACCUAUGAUUUUUCAACACUAUACACGACCAUUCCUCACCACUAGAUUUUUUGACAUCAUACACAGUUGCUUCUUCAACAAAAAUGGAAAAAGGAAAUAUUCCUAUCUAGUGAUAUGAGGUUCUCAUUUUCAACUAUAUCAACAUCACCAGUAAUGACAUGUCCAGCUGGACUAUUGUUGAAUGAAGAUGAAGAUGAAGAACAAGAACACGUUGGUGGAUUACGUAUAAGAUGGUCUAUAUCUAGGCACUGCAAAGUUUGCUUAUAAUUAAAAAGUUUGGAUGCAAUAGUAGAGGUAUAGCUGUAGGAAAUACAGGGUGUAGACGUGUACUUGAAAUAAGUUGGAAUACACGACUGAGCCUUUUUAUGACGAAGAAUGUUGACGUCAUCUAUUUCUUUGUAGAUUUGAUCUUGAGGAACUGGCGGCAUGAUUUGGAAGGAAUAUCGUCCAUGACCGUUCUGGUUUAAAAAGGCUGUGAUAAGCAACAUCCAUAAUCAUCGAGUUCAGUCUAUUAUCAAGUGUUGAAAAAUCCAAGUAUAGAUUAGCUGUAGCUUCUUCAGAUAACGUAUCUAAAACUCUCAAUUAAACAAAAUAAAGUUUUGUACGAAUAUGAUGUGGACCUACUAAUAGUCUGUUGACGUAAGGCAAAGGUGAAUCAAACGAGACCUCAUUUAUACUUGGUGUUUUUUAUGAUGAGUGAAAGAUUCCAUGGGAUUGUUUAUGGAUUACUGUUGCAUAUCUUCACCUUUCAUUCUCUCGAGAGACUUUAAACAAUAUACAAUCAACCCAUUGAAUUUUUGGCUGUUUUGAAACAAGAUGGAUGACGCAAAAUAUGUUACCGAAAGUUUGAACUCGCGAUUUGAACAAAACCACCCUGGUCGCGGGAUUAAGUAGUUGCGUAAAUUACUCCUCCUAUGCCCUAAUUUCUCCUCUGGAGUUUCUAGUAGAGAAUAUAAAAUUGAAAGAAAGAUAAACACGGACCCCUGGAAACUCAAGACGUGAAAUCAGGGCGUAGAGGGGGUAAUUUAAGCAACUACUUAAUUACGCGACCAGACUGGGUUUUUUCACUGCAGACUAUGCAAAGUCGACCCGCUUUACCGUGCAUAGAUUGUCCUGGCAUAUUUCCUCAUAUUCUGAUAAAUGUGUUUAGUUAUUGAUCGGGCACGGCAUGGCUAUCGUGACAACACUCGCAUUGUGCAAGCAAAAAUCAUGUAUUCAUUAUUACUGUUUUUAAAAAGCCUUUAAACUUAACUUAAAACGUGGUAGAUGAGUAGUGAAAGACAUCCAUAAGAUAACAAUUUUAACCAAAAGAAUUCAACAAAGUUGACAAAAUUCCCCUGAGCUCUCUCUAUUCCAGUUUUCAAAUAAUCACUUUCUUCCUGAUUGACUGACAAUAUAUAAGCAAAUAUCGCGGAAUAUACUCGGCAGAAAUUCAGGGCAACACCUUAUUCGAUGCAGUUCUUACUGAAACGAAAGUAGGUAUUUUUCACUUCCUUUAAGAACAAUGGGCUAUAUGAUUUAGACUAAAAGAAUCCUUUGCAAUUCAGAAAUCGAGGUAACAGUAUCCAUAGGAGAUGCCAUACCUUUGUACUGUUCAUAGUUCGGAGGACACUCGUUUUUACUGCAACGAAUGUCGAAGACGAAUUUGUGAUGUUUGUGUCAUCAAUGAAUGCAAAGGGCACCGUUUAGAACGCGCCAAGAGUGAAAUUGAUAUUAUGAGGUGUGCCUUAAAACAAAAAUUAGAGAUGACGAGUCAAACCACGAAAGAAAACAUAGUGAGUUUUCGGAUAAAAUUAGCCUCUGUCGAAGAAAAUAUCGAGAAAGCUCGACAGCGCUCUGAAGAAUUGAAAAACAGAUUAGACAAAGUUUGUGAUACCUAUAUUGAGGAACUGAUGAGGUGUAAAGGAGAAAUGGAGAAACAUUUCCAAACCAUUGAAAUCAAACUUCAGGGGAAGAAAGAUUAUGCUGAGGAGUCUCUCAGGAUAAUUAAAACUAUGAACGAAGAUGAAUUGCAAGAAGUUGAAGAGAGAGUGACUGAUCACAAUGGCAUCGACUUGUCUUUUUUUAUAUCACCACUACCGACUUUCGUAGAAUAUGUUGGGAAAGAUGAAGAAUCUGCACUGAAGGCUAUAUUUGGUUACGUCCAGUACGGACGAUACGAGGAGGUAUUGUUACCUAAUGAUGAUGCUUUGUAUGUGAGUAUGUAUUCACCUGAAGUUCUACCUAAAGUACCUUCAGAUCAACAAUUUACGACAGAAGUAGUCCGAACCUACACCCUCGGCAUGUCGCUUGAAAACGUUCUUAUGAAGAAUAAUGUAUUUUUUGUCUCUAGCAACUCCAAGCUCUUUGAAACCAAGCUUGAUAAACACAUUCAGUCAAAAGAACUCAAAGACAUCAAUGAAAACAUUAGAGGAAUUGCUAUGACAGCAGAAAACGUCAUUCUAAUGACAUCACAUCUGGUGUACAAACUUGAAAAGAAAAAUUCAAUACCCAAGAAAUACAAGGUGUCAAACCUCAUUGAUCCUCAAGGAUGGCUUAUCGCAUGCAUUGGAAAUACUUUGGAUAGAAAGUCAUUACUUUUAGGAUUAAAAAUUACCGGAGAAGAAGAAAGUUUAGAAAUUAGGAAGUAUGAAAUAGGAGAAGGUGAUCAUUUAGAAUAUGAGAAGUUGGAACUACCACGUGGCAUAGAUAUUCCUUUGAUUUCACACGUGACUGAAAAUACAAAUGGCGAAAUUUGCGCUGUAGUCAGGGAGAGACCGGAGUCGUCGUUCUUCGUUUGCUUUGACACCGAGGGGCGUCUUCGUCAUCGUUAUCCAACGGACGAAAAACUGAAGCGGAAAUUCCUUGGGAUUGGAAUCCUAAAAGAUGGAAUGGUUGCACUUAUAGACGGGUGCGUUAUCUCUGGAAUCCGUUUCCUUGAUCAAUAUGGACGUCAGCUUCACUUUGAAGGGAGGAAGAAUGUGCCUAAAUGUAUCACUACAGACUUUAACGACCACAUUUGGGUUGGAUUUGAUGAUGGUAGAGUGGAGAAAAUCCAAGUCACAAAGCAAUGGGCUAAACGGUUUUGACUUAUAGAAUCCUUUGCAACUCAGAAAUCGGGACCACAUUAUCCAUAGGAGAUGUCAUACCUUUGUACUGUUCAUAGUUCGGAGGACUCUCGUUUUUACUGCAAAGAAUGUCGAAGACGAAUUUGUGACGCUUGUGUCAUCAAUGACUGCAAAGGGCACCGUUUAGAACGCGCCAAGAGUGAAAUUGAUAUCAUGAGGUGUGCCUUAAAACAAAACUUAGAGAUGACGAACCAAAACAUGAAAGAAAACAUAGAGAGGUUCCGUAAGAAAUUAGCCUCCGUCGAUGAAAAUAUCAAGAAAGCUUGAAAGCGCUCUGAAGAAUUGAAAAACAGAUUAGACAAAGUUUGUGAUAACUCUAUUCAGGAACUGAUGAGGUGUAAAGGAGAAAUGGAGAAAUGUUUGGAAUCUUUUGAAAUCAAAUUUCGAGAGAAGGAAGAUUAUGCUGAGGAGUCUCUCGGGAAAAUUACCUCCAUGAACGAA